CCUCACGUUCCGCGAGCCAAGGGACGCUCGGCGUCCAUCUGCGCUGCGAGCCAUGCCAGCAGCAUGGAGGCCAUCCCCCCGUCGGGAGCAUCCCCCGACGCGGGGACGCCCCAGACCCGCCGCAGGAGGCCCGCGACCCGGUCGCAGAGUGCCAGGUUGACCAACAAGAGGUCCAUCAAGGGCCGCGCUUCCAUAGCCACUUCCGCCAACAACGGGCUGAAGAGCCAGAGUAACAGCGAGCCCAAGUUGACCGACCAGGAUACCACUCCGGAUGUGUCGCCCAACAUCAGGAGGAAGGGGUCCCAGAGGAGGGGUACCUCGGUGUAUCACAGGAAGUCCACUGCUUUUUUGGACGUGCCGGAUACUCGUGGAAGGAGUAACAGUAACACCGAGGAAGAGGAUGAGGACUCGUAUAGGCUGAGGUCGUUCAGCUUCACUUCCAAAGGUUUUUUUACAAAAUCUGGAAUAGUAAAUAGAGGAGACUCCUUCAGGAGGCGUCGUUCCCGAAGCAACAGUCUGUGUCCCCCUCAGAUGGGGGGUGGCACCACUCCCUCGCCAGUGAUGGAUGAACCCGACCACAACACGCCAGUCUCCAAUUAUACAGUUGCUCUUCUGGGAGCCCAAGGUGUUGGAAAGACUGCUCUGAUCAGCCAGUUCAUGACUUCGGAGUGCAUCAACGCUUACGACAGGCAAAAAGAUAUCUUAGGAGCUCAAACAGUGUCAAUAAUGCUCAAUGGAGAAGAAUCCGAAUUGACGUUUCAAAAUAAUUCUUGUACAAAGGACGUCGAUAAAAAUCACCCCCCGGACGCCUUCGUCGUUCUCUAUUCCGUCGUGGACAAAGCGAGCUUCCUUAAGGCGGAGACUGAGUUGAACCGGCUACAGGACGGCGACCUACUACGAUCCAGGCCUGCCAUCCUCGUCGGCAACAAGAUAGACUUGGCCAGAAGCAGGGCCGUUUCCACACAAGAUGGUAAAUGCCUGGCGUGCACAUUUAGAGCGAAGUUCAUAGAGAUUUCAGUAGGGAUCAACCACAACGUAGACGAACUCCUGGUGGGGAUUUUAACGCAAAUUAGGCUAAAAGUAUUAAACUUCGAGGAAGGAGGCAACAGCCAGCAGUGGUACAAGAGCAGGGGCAUGGUCAAAGCGAGCAUGAAGGCCAGACAGAUGUUCACGUGGCUCUUCGGCAAGGAAGACUCCAAGUUCAAGAACUGCGAGAACCUCCACAUCCUGUAGCAUAAAUAGAGGCCCAAGUUUUAUAUGAACCUGUUUCGUAUUAGUUGUAGAAAUGUAAAAGAGUAUUUGGUAUUCAGCGGCUGUACCGCUCAACGUGUCAAAAAAAAUCUUUUUUACAUUUACAUAAAUCAGAAAAGUAUUUGUUUUAACGACUGAUUUUUAAACAAUCAAAAAUCAAAAAAAAUAUUUUUUGUAUGAUAGUUAUUUGUACAUGUACGCCUUUUGAGCAAUAGAUGUGAAAUAAUAGAGGAGGUUGAGAGGAAAGACAGAGACUGUUAUGUAUUUUUCCAAACUAUUACAAAUAUCGCACAAAUGGAAUUAAAUAAAAUUAAAUAUCUGUCGAAUUUGAUGUGUAGGAGUAUAAAUCACUGCUUUUACCCCAUCUUCAUUUCACUAGUUUAAAAUCAGCCAUCUGUGUUGCGAUGUCAGUCACUUUAACAUGUUUUUUUUUAACAGAAAAAGCUCAAUUUCUUUAAUUCAUAUUGUUUGAGAACCAAUAAUUCUAUCUAAAAUUGUGUGUAUUAUUUAUAUUUAAAGUUUUUUUAAUAUAUUUAUUAUUAAUUUUCUGUUAUUUCAAGUUAAGGAAAGUUUUAAGUAGCAUUGAAUACCUGUAGGUAAGGAUACUAUUAUUACACUUCUAUUUAGCAACUUUUUUAGUUUGACUAACCCGAAUUACAAAUUUUGUAGGUAUACAUGUUAUGUUACUUUGUUUUAGAUAUGUUUUUUAUAUGUUAGGUCCUAAACACAGAUUAUUUUCCUUGUCAAAAAACAAUUAACUUUACUUAAUGUAUACCGUGUGUUCGUAAAUCAAACAAUUUGGUGUGAUGCCAUGCUAAAAAUUCAAAAGUAGGUUCACCGAUUGGUGGAAACUGGUAACGACAAAAAUGUGGUGAAAGAUCGCUAAAACAGUUAGCGAUCUUAUUAUUCACCAGCCGUGAACCAAAAUCAACACAUCUGUUCUAUGAUGGACUGGACUGAUCAACCACAUGUUCUUUUGAUCGAUUUUCAUACACGUUCGUUUCACCAUUUGGUAGUGGUGCACCAUUUUGAUAAAUUUACAAAUAUGCGGUUAUUGGGGAAUAUUUAAAAAAUAAAUCCUUCCAUUUCUGUCUAGGUACUCUACACAUAACAAAAAAUAUAUACAUAUAAAAUGUUUUCAGUGUCAUCUGUAUCUUUUGUAGAUAGAUAUAGGUACUAAUAGACAAAAUGACCAAAACAAUAAUAUAUAUUAUACAUUUACUAGAGAAAAAAUUUUCUAUUCGCUUCUGUAUUUUAAUAAUAAAUGUAAUGACAAAGUAUUGUAAUAUUUUUAUUACCUACUCUCUUGUCAAUUUUGCUUUCUUUCAGCAAAUUUUUAUUUGUAGAAUAGAGAACUUAUUAUAUUAUAUACUUACCUAAUUUGUUACACUAUGAUCAUUUUUCUACAUCGA